AUGCAAAGUUCAAAGCUCCAUCACCAUUGGUGCAACAUCAUUGUAUUGCCUUCAUUCCGAUCCUCGUUACGAAGUACGCGCAAGCAGAAGUUGGUCAGUUUCCCGGCUGUUUUUGUACUUUCAAUCACGACUCUGCAGAUCCUCAAUACGGAUAUAGGCUAUGCCAACCCGACGGUCCCCACCUGCUCUCGUUGCCGCCAAACCAAUGCUUGGACUUCACGCCUAUCCAUCGCCCUUUCUCCCAGUUGUCUCUAUCUUGCUUCAACUCAAUCGUCAACGGAUCUGUCCACCUCCUCAUUCUCAACCACAAUCCUCCCGUAUCGGAUCCGCAAGGAAUCUUCGUCUUCGAAUGCUAGGAACUAUCGUCAGGUGAUACUUCCUAUUGUGCGUUUGGGUCUGAUUGGACCACGGAGCUGGGUGUAUCGUUGGAAAGACCUUUCAGUAAAAUAG